GCAAUAGUGAGUACGUGUCCGUAGAAGGGGAGACACUGUAAUUAUGGUAUCCAAGGAUGACUAUAGUAGUCAUUGCAGAUGCGAACAAAGGUGUUGGGUUAUAUAGUUUAUGCACUCUGCGCUUCGUAGCAGCAAGAGAGAAAAAAAAAAUGGAAGGAGGAUCUGGCGAGAAGUGGAAGAGCGUCUACAGAGAGUGUUUGAGAAACCAUGCAGCCAGCCUCGGAAGCUACGCCACCGACGGGUGCGGGGAGUUCACGGUGGAUGGAGGGGGGUUGCAAUGCGCGGCCUGCGGUUGCCACCGGAACUUCCACCGGAAAGUGAAGUACCCGGUGGGUCCGGAGAGUCCUGGAGGGAUGGAUUACGGUGGCGAGGGAGGGAGUAAGAAGCGGUUCAGGUCGAAAUUCAGCACAGAUCAGAAGGAGAAGAUGCUGGCGUUUGCGGAGAAACUUGGUUGGAAGCUUCAGAGGAAGGAUCUGGAUGAUGAGAUCGAGAGGUUCUGCAGAAGCAUUGGAGUUAGUAGACAAGUCUUCAAAGUUUGGAUGCAUAACCAUAAGAACUCUUCUUCCUCUUCUUCUGCAUCUGCUUCUGCUUCCACAGGAAACAUCUCCUCCCUCACCCAUUAACACUGUAACACUUUCAUCUCAUCACUUUCACUCUCUGCACUUCUUGUAUUUUUCUUUUUUCUCUUUAAUUACCUCCACUUUUUAUCACCACUCUUCA